GUUUGUCUCGAAUGGUCGUGUUUGCGUUGCCGUCUCUUGAAAAACGAACGUGUCGCGUUGUUCGCGUCAAAAUGUUUCGAUGUAAAGUUUUACAUCAAAAAUCUUAGUGACUUGGAUUUAACGACUGAUAUUUUGUUUUUUAAUUUUAGAAUUACGUGUUGUUUCAUAUUUUGUGCUGUGCUGACGAAUACUGGGCUUAAUAAUUACAAUCGAGUGCACAAUGCAAACGAUUUUGAAUUUUAUGCCUACGUCUUGUGUGUGUGAUUUGGUACUGUUAAAAACAUGUUGUUAGGAUUUGUUGUGUUUUCUCUUCUAGUUUUUAAUACCAUCCAGACAGGGUUGAGUUCUAGUCUACUAUGCGGGCGCACCAAAGAGGUGGAAGUAGGGAGCAAUGUGGGCGCAGGGGCAGCUCUCGCGCUGGCCCUGGUGCGGCCGCAGUCAUCCGCGUCGCACUCCCCCUGUCAGCUCAAACUGAACGCUCCUGAUGCAGCGGCAUUUACAGUCAGACUUAUUGAUGUUAAGGAGUCGAUGGCGGACUGGGACCGGGGUUUCACUGAAUUGGACGCCCCGACGCAGGUAGCUGGAGCCCCAGGGCGCAAGUGGAGCGCCAGAAAUGUGCAGGCUCAAAAUACAGCCACCGACCAGUCUCCGCCUGUCACCAACAAUACUGAUGCUUGCAAACUACUCAUUUAUAUCGGCGAAGCGAAAAAUCCAAUAUGGCGCUUACCGCUUUGUGGCGGGAACGCGGCCGCCAUUGCAGCUAGAGCAGGCGCCAAGCUAUUGCCGCCGAAGAUCAGGAUUGUAUGGAACCCGCCUACUUCUCCUUACCAGCACACGGAAAAAUUACGACUGGUGGUUACAGCAGUUAAUAGUGGGGCAAUGUGCAAUAACGAAUCUCAGUUUGUAUGCGGUGUGACCGGUCUUUGCAUAUCUUCGUAUCUGGUCUGCGACGGUGUAAAGCAUUGCCCUGGUGGGGAAGACGAGGACUCGAGCGCCUGCGCCCACCGCCGGGAUCCCCCACUCCUCGAGUUGCUGCGAAGGUUCGCAGCCAGGAACCAGGAGCUGUUAGGCCUGGACCAACCAGAUGGGCAGACGAAACCGUCAGUUAUUAUGAAAAUCUCUGAAGGCGAGCAGAAGUCGAAUGCGUUUAUGGAGUUUGCGGCAGCGUUGAAACCAUACGGCCCGUGGAGCUACCUCGUGGUUGGGAUGCUGGUCUGCGCCACUAUACUCAUGUUCUGCUUGGCAUGGGAAUGCUGUUGCAAACGCUCCAAGCCGUCAGACACUCCUAUCAACAUACCACCACAGUGCAUCGACCUCUCGCCGACGGUGACAGUCACCGCUGCGUCCCAGCAGCUGUUCCCUCACUCCCUUCCCGCCUCCCCCCCAGCGUACGAAGCGCCCCCUUCAUACUCCUCCUUAUUCCCCCGAGCUUUCAAGUCUUCCCCCACACCGGUACCACACUGCUCCCACCAGGAGCCGCCCGAUUGAAUGAAUGAUCGAACGAAUGAUAUUUAGUUAGGUAGUUACAUUAAAUAAUUUCAAGUGGUGUAAUGGUAAGAAUAGGACUGAGGAACAAGACAAGUGACCGAGGCAUCAUAGUCACGCAGGCGAAAGAACAAGAUGCCGAAUGUUGCUGUCCCGUUCUAUCUUCUCUGUACAGCAGCGAUUUACACGUUAUCGAUAGAUUCACUUACUAUAGUUGCAACUUGUCUAAAUACACUUAAUAUCUUCGAAGUUAUCAUA